AGGCCUGAGCAGUCAGAGCGGUGAUGGCGGCGGCUGUGGUGACGGCGGCAGCGGCGGCCCCGACACCGGCGCCGGCAGCCGGAGUGGAUGGCGCCUCUUCGGUGCACUGGUUCCGCAAAGGGCUGCGGCUCCACGACAACCCUGCGCUGCUGGCGGCCGUGCGUGGGGCGCGCUGCGUGCGCUGCGUUUACAUCCUGGACCCCUGGUUCGCGGCCUCCUCCUCAGUGGGGAUCAACCGAUGGAGGUUCUUACUUCAGUCUCUGGAAGAUUUGGAUACAAGUUUAAGGAAACUGAACUCUCGCCUGUUUGUAGUCCGGGGACAGCCGGCCGAUGUAUUCCCAAGACUAUUCAAGGAAUGGGGGGUGACCCGCUUGACCUUUGAAUAUGACUCCGAACCCUUUGGGAAAGAACGGGAUGCAGCCAUCAUGAAGAUGGCCAAGGAGGCCGGCGUGGAGGUGGUGACUGAGAACUCUCAUACUCUCUAUGACCUGGACAAGAUCAUUGAGCUGAACGGGCAGAAGCCACCCCUUACCUACAAGCGCUUUCAGGCCAUCAUCAGCCGCAUGGAGCUGCCUAAGAAGCCCGUGGGCUCCGUGACGAGCCAGCAGAUGGAGAGCUGCAGGGCCGACAUCCAGGAGAACCACGAUGACACCUAUGGCGUGCCCUCCCUCGAGGAGCUGGGGUUCCCUACUGAAGGACUGGGCCCCGCCGUUUGGCAAGGAGGAGAGACAGAAGCUCUGGCCCGCCUGGAUAAGCAUUUGGAACGGAAGGCCUGGGUUGCCAACUACGAGAGACCCCGAAUGAACGCCAACUCCCUGCUGGCCAGCCCCACGGGCCUCAGCCCCUACCUGCGCUUCGGCUGCCUCUCGUGCCGCCUCUUCUACUACCGCCUGUGGGACCUGUAUAAAAAGGUGAAGCGGAACAGCACGCCCCCCCUCUCCCUGUUUGGGCAACUCCUGUGGCGAGAGUUCUUCUACACGGCAGCCACCAACAACCCCAGGUUUGACCGCAUGGAAGGGAACCCCAUCUGCAUCCAGAUCCCCUGGGACCGCAACCCCGAGGCCCUGGCCAAGUGGGCCGAGGGCAAGACAGGCUUCCCUUGGAUUGACGCCAUCAUGACCCAGCUGAGGCAGGAGGGCUGGAUCCACCAUCUGGCCCGGCACGCCGUGGCCUGCUUCCUCACCCGCGGGGACCUCUGGGUCAGCUGGGAGAGCGGGGUCCGGGUAUUUGAUGAGCUGCUCCUCGAUGCGGAUUUCAGCGUGAACGCAGGCAGCUGGAUGUGGCUGUCCUGCAGUGCUUUCUUCCAGCAGUUCUUUCACUGCUACUGCCCUGUGGGCUUCGGCCGCCGCACGGACCCCAGUGGGGACUAUAUCAGGCGCUACCUGCCCAUAUUGAAAGGGUUCCCCUCUCGAUACAUCUAUGAGCCCUGGAAUGCCCCCGAGUCCAUUCAGAAGGCAGCCAAGUGCAUCAUCGGUGUGGACUACCCCCGGCCCAUCGUCAACCACGCUGAGACCAGCCGGCUCAACAUCGAGCGAAUGAAGCAGAUUUACCAGCAGCUGUCCCGCUACCGGGGACUCUGUCUGCUGGCAUCUGUCCCUUCCUGUGUGGAAGACCUCAGCAACCCGGUGGCAGAGCCCAGCUCGAGCCAGACUGGGAGCGUGAGCAGUGCGGGUCCAAGACCACUCCCCAGUGGCCCAGCGUCCCCCAAACGCAAGCUGGAAGCAGCCGAGGAACCACCGGGUGAAGAACUCAGCAAACGGGCCAGGGUGACAGAGUUGCCUGCCCCAGAGCUGCCGAGCAGGGAUGUCUGAGACGGCAGCGCUGUAGCUCCGUGAGCGAAGCCUGGGAGCCCGAGCAGCCUCCGCGGCAGCAGAGUGCGACCUGCAGGAAAGCUGAUCACCGGCAGAGACUAGACUGAGCGAACAUGUGUGCUUGUGUGUGCGCGUGUGCGGGGAAGGAGUGGUGUGCGUGUUUGCGUGUGCAUGCAUCUGUGUACACUCUCGUGAUUCUGAGCACGGCUUGGGCUGGGAGAGCACGUGUAGCACCUUCACCUCAGCCUCCAGACGCCAGGCUGGAGGUCAUGGCAGUGACUUUCAGCCAAACCUGUCCCUGGGAGCCAGCUACCUGGUCUGAAUAGGAGAGUGGUAGGACCCUAGCUGGGACUCUGGCGCCUGCUCCACCCCACCCUGACCCUGAGCCCUUCCUCCCUGUCUCAUCACAUCAGACUGAGGAGCAGGAGGACAACAUUGCUGGCUUUUGUCCAGAGCAUGGGAUUCUAGAAGCAGCCAGGGCCCUGCUGAGUUCCUGCUUUAUGACGCGGGAGGCUGGGCAGGCUGGAGGGGACAGAUGCUUUCCAGAUACAGUCACCUGGUCUGGCUUCUUUCUCAUCUGAAAAUUUCCUGCCACCGGGUCCUCCAGAGCCCUCCUCGGGCAUCUGGGCUGAACCUGAGGCUGUAAAUAGAUCUGAAAACAUGCCGCCAUCACAGGGAGGUACACUCAGAUACCGGACUCAUGUGCCAUACCCACAGUACUGUAGACGCUAGCCCAAAAAGUGCCCGCCUUUCUGGAGCUGAAAACCUAAAGUUAGGAAUUGAAUUGCAGCUUUUACUGUUCCUGCCUCAGAAGCUGAGCGCCAGCCUCAGCACUGACUGUGGAGACUCAGUGCCUCCACAAGGAAGAAGCCAGGUUCCUGGUGCCAGAAAGCCCCCUGGUUCCUCUAGCCACACCACAGUGCUGCACUGAGGUCAGCUGACACCCAGCCAGGAGCGCCAUUCUGUCCCGUGGUCUGUAGGCUUCUGGGGAAUGCCUGGGACUGGUCAGCAUCCAAGCUCCUGUGUCAGCUCUUCCAGUGGCCGGAUACCAAGGACCCCGGCAGGUGGACUCGGGGGGAACUGCCAGAGACCGUUGGGAGAUGUCCAAGCAGAGGUCUCAGCCAGCGCAUCGACCCUUCCAGAUGCAGCCGGUGGGAGGUUUGACCCAGAGAAGCCAAGGCCUUGCAUUCCGGGACUGGCCUGGCCUCCCACCUCAGCCCUCCCACUGUUAAAGGCCUGUGUUGAGAAGGACAUAAUGAAAAGGACUGUGUGGUCAGCUACAGCCAGUCUUCCUUCCACCCUGUGGCCUGCACGUGAGCCACAAU